AUGAGUCGUGCGGGGUUUGAUCAGUACAUCACGGUGUUCAGCCCGGAGGGCUCGCUCUACCAGGUCGAGUACGCCUUCAAGGCGGUCGCGUACUCCGGCCUUCUGACUGUCGCGGUGCGUUACCGGGAUGGGGUGCUCGUCGUCACCCAACAUCAGGUCCCCGAUCGCCUGAUGAAGCCGAAUUCCAUCACCGCCCUCUUCGACCUCACCGAUCACGUCGGGUGUUGCGUUACGGGGCGGGCGCCGGAUGGUCGGGCGAUGGUGCAACGCGCGCGCGAGGAGGCGUCGGAGUAUAAAUACCGCUACGGCCUCCCCAUCCCAAUCGGGGUGCUCGCGAAGCGGAUUGGGGAGAAGGCGCAGGUGCGAACGCAGCAGGCCGGGCUCCGCCCGAUGGGCGUCAUCGUCACGCUGAUCGGGAUGGAUCAGCAGGAUGAGGAUGGGGCGUGGGUGCCGCGGAUCUACACCGUCGACCCCGCGGGGUGGGUGGGCGGCUACCACGCCGUCGCGAACGGGAAAAAAGACGUCGAGGCGCUCGCUUUUCUCGAGAAGCGGCAGAAGAGCAAGCCGUUUGACGAGCUCGAUCAGAAGGAGGCGGCGAUGAUCGCCCUGGCGGCGGUGCAGACCGCGGUGGGUGCGUCCCUGAAGGCCUCCGACGUCGAGGUGGGGAUCUGCUCGAUAGAGCACCAACGCAUGGUGCGGGCCUCGAAGGAGCAGGUCGAGGAUUGGCUCACGGCCGUCGCGGAGGCCGACUAA